AUGUGUUUCGGAAGCUCUAAGCAGGAUGAUCCGCGUGCCAGGAAAAAUGCCGACAUCGAAAAGCAGCUGAAGGCCGACCAGAAGAGACAGGCAAAGGAGGUCAAGAUCUUGCUUUUGGGUGCUGGAGAGAGCGGCAAGUCGACAGUUUUGAAGCAGAUGCGUUUGAUCCACACCAAGGGUUUCUCACAAGGCGAGCGUAGGCAAUGGAAGGUGACCAUCUUCAACAACUUGAUCCAUGCCUUUCAAUGUAUUCAAGGCGCCAUGGAGGAACACGACGUCGCCUACGGAAACCCCCAAAACAUCAAGGCCAUGGAAGUUGUGUGCUCGGAACCAGAGAUCGGAACCGAUGACCCUAUGCCAUUGGAGUGCAUGCAUGCUUUCAAGAACCUGUGGGACGAUGAUGGCGUUCAGGGUGCUAUUGCAAAGGGUCACGAAUAUGCGCUGCACGACAACCUCGAGUACUACAUGAGCGACCUCAGCAGACUUUUCGAAAAGAACUAUGUUCCCGGAGAUCAGGACAUCCUGCGUGCACGCCUUAGGACGACAGGUAUCAGCGAGACCAUCUUCGACACUGGCAAUUUGACCUUCAAGAUGUUUGAUGUCGGUGGUCAGCGUUCGGAAAGAAAGAAGUGGAUUCACGUUUUCGACAACGUGCAAGUCGUCUUGUUCCUUGUGGCCAUCAGCGGUUUCGAUCACGUCCUGGUCGAAGACAAGAAUGGAAACCAAAUGCACGAAGCUCUGAUGCUCUUCGAAUCCAUCGCCAAUAGUCGCUACUUUGAGAAAUCCGGCCUGGUGCUAUUCCUCAACAAACUCGACCUUUUCACUGAGAAGGUCUCAACAGGCCGAGGACGCAUUCGCGACCAUUUCCCAGACUACACAGGCAGCAACACCGAUGUGGCGGCAGGUCAAAAGUUCUUCGCUGACAAGUUCCGCAACCUGGUACGGGAUCCUACAAAGGAGGUCUACGUGCACGGCACGACGGCCACGGACACCAACCUACUGGAAAAGACGAUGAAGAGCGUGCAGGACAUGAUCGUUCAACGCAACCUGCACUCGUUGAUGUUGUGA